AAAUGUUUGGGAUUGGGAAGAAUAUCAUAGAGAGCGCCGUGAACACUACCGGCGACCUCGCCGGCUCCGUCAUCAAUGCCGGCGGCAACAUUUUAGGGCGUGUCACCAAUAUCGGCGGGAAGAAGAUCAAAGGGACAGUGGUUCUUAUGAGAAGCAAUGUUUUGGACUUUACCGAAUUCCAUUCCACGCUUCUUGAUGGCUUCACUGAGCUCUUGGGCGGCGGCGUUUCCUUGCAACUCAUCAGUGCCACUCACGCUUCCAACGACUCGCGAGGGAAAGUUGGACAGCGGGCGUUUCUGGAGAGGUGGCUGACUUCAAUUCCGCCGUUGUUCGCCGGAGAGUCUGUGUUUCAAGUGAACUUUGAUUGGGAAGAGAACUUUGGAUUUCCAGGAGCUUUCUUCAUAAAAAAUGGGCACACCAGUGAGUUCUUCCUCAAGUCUGUAACUCUGGAGGAUGUUCCUGGCUUUGGAAGGGUCCAUUUUGACUGCAACUCAUGGGUUUACCCUUCUCGAAGAUACAAGAAAGAUCGCAUUUUCUUUGCCAACCAUACAUGCCUUCCGAUCGAUACACCGGAUUCACUUCGUAAGUAUAGAGAGGAGGAGUUGUUGAACCUCAGAGGAGAUGGAACAGGAGAGCGGAAAGAAUGGGAUAGAAUUUAUGACUAUGAUGUUUACAACGACCUCUGUGAUCCAAAUGGUGGUCCUAACCUUGUUCGUCCUAUUCUUGGAGGGAGUGAYCAGUACCCUUACCCUCGUAGAGGGAGGACAGGAAGACCAUCGGCCAGAAAAGAUCACAAGUACGAGAGUAGAUUGUCAAAGGUGAUGAGCUUGAAUAUUUACGUACCGAGAGACGAAAAUUUUGGGCACCUGAAGAUGGCGGAUUUCCUUGGGAAUACAUUGAAGGCAGUUUCUACAUCUAUCCAACCAGGACUUGAAUCUAUAUUUGAUUUAACCCCAGGAGAAUUUGACAAAUUCAAAGAARUAGACGAUCUCUUUGAACGAGGGUUUCCCAUUCCAUUGAAUGUUUUUAAGAACCUCACUGAGGACCUCGCCCCACCCCUCUUUAAAGCAUUUCUGAGGAGUGAUGGUGAAAGAUUCCUCAAAUAUCCAACUCCCCAAGUUAUCAAAGAUAACAAGUUAGGGUGGAAGAGAGAUGAAGAAUUUGCAAGAGAAAUGUUAGCGGGAGUCAAUCCUUUAAUCAUUCGUCGUCUCGAAAUUUUUCCACCACUGAGCAAUCUGGAACCUCAUGUUUAUGGGAAUCAAAACAGUACAAUGACUGAAGGACAAAUAAAACAUGGUUUAGACGGACUCACAGUCGAUGAGGCAAUCAAGCAAAAUAAGCUCUACAUAUUGGAUCACCAUGAUGCAUUGAUGCCAUAUCUUAGGAGAAUAAAUUCAACAUCUACAAAAACAUAUGCCACAAGAACACUCCUGUUUUUGAGAGAUGAUAGUACUUUGAAGCCAUUGGCUAUUGAGUUGAGCUUGCCACACCCUCAAGGAGAUGAACAUGGUGCCAUUAGCAAACUAUACUUUCCAGCUGAAGGAAGAGUUGAGAGUGCCAUUUGGCAACUGGCCAAAGCUUAUGUAGCUGUUAAUGAUAGUGGGUAUCAUCGACUUAACAGUCACUGGUUACACACUCAUGCAGUACUGGAGCCUUUUGUUAUUGCAACCCAUCGACAAUUGAGUGUACUUCAUCCGAUCCAUAAAUUACUUGUUCCUCAUUACAAAGACACCAUGUUUAUAAAUGCAUCUGCAAGGCAAGUUUUGAUCAACGCUGAUGGUCUUAUUGAAUCGACUCAUUUUCAAUCGAAGUAUGCUAUGGAGCUGUCCUCUUACAUAUACAAGGAAUGGAAAUUCCCCGAUGAAGCACUCCCUACUAAUCUCAUUAAGAGAGGAGUAGCAAUUGAGGACUCARGCUCUCCCCAUGGAGUUCGACUUCUAAUAGACGAUUACCCCUUUGCUGUUGAUGGGCUCGAGAUUUGGUCAGCCAUCAAAACAUGGGUCACAGAUUACUGCUCYCUCUACUACAAAGACGACGACGCAAUUCGAAAUGAUGUCGAGCUCCAAUCUUGGUGGAAAGAACUCAGAGAAAAAGGUCAURCAGACAAGAAAGACGAGCCAUGGUGGCCCAAAAUGCAAACUUUUUCAGAGUUAAUYGAAUCAUGCACCAUAAUCAUAUGGAUUUCUUCAGCCCUUCACGCAGCAGUCAAUUUUGGGCAAUACCCUUAUGGAGGCUACGUUCCCAACAGACCAACCACAAGCAGAAGAUUCAUGCCAGAAGUAGGCACUGCAGAGUACAAAGAAGUUGAAUCAAACCCUGAAAAGGCCUUUCUAAGAACAAUCAGCUCGCAAAUAGUGGCUCUUCUUGGCCUCUCGAUAAUUGAAAUAUUGUCGAAGCACGCUUCUGACGAGGUCUAUCUCGGGCAAAGAGCCAGCAUUGAGUGGACAUCGGACAAAACUGCAAUUGAAGCCUUUGAGAAAUUUGGGAAAGAGCUGUUUGAAAUUGAGGAUAGAAUUAUGCGAAGGAAUCAAGAUGUGAACUUGAAGAAUCGAGCUGGGCCUGUUAAUAUGCCUUACACUUUGCUUGUUCCAUCGAGUACUGAGGGACUCACUGGGAGAGGAAUUCCCAACAGUAUCUCAAUAUAAAUGAAUAAGUGUUUCGUGUGGGAGCUCUCUUAUUGUAAUUUGAAGGUCACAAAUUACAUUCUAAGCUGCCCAUUUUGGAGAGAAUAAUGACCAUGUUUAUGCUUUUGAUUA